UUGAUAUUUAAGAAUUACAAUUAACAAGCGAUCCCUGUUAAGAAAACAAAUAACGAACUCUUCAGUUAUUGAGGAUGGAAAUGACUGUGUUUUCUGGUUUAGAUUAAUUUUGAUAUAUUUACAAACCAACUUCUACAAAUAUAUAUCUAUCUCUAGAUACAGAUAGAUAUAAAUAUUAUAUAAGCUGAUCACUAAAUUUUUAUUCCAAGGUGUUGCAAUCAAGAAUUUAAGAAUCGCUUAUGUUGCUGGAUUGAAUUCUAUAUCUUAGCAGUGUAACCUGCAAAAACAAAAUAUACAAAGAACAAUUUUUUUUUUUCAUAUAAUCUAAAUUCUAUCUUAAUCUACUUCCACUGAACGAAUUAUAGAAAAGAAUUAAAUAUGACCAUGGGUGAUGAGUCCCUGUAUGCUGCAAUGACCAUUCCCGUUAUUAUUGGACCCAUUUUGGAAAGGCUUGAGCAGGAAGACAUGGCAGCAGCCCAGACUCUGAGAGCAGCCUUUUGCAAGGUGGAAGCUGUGUAUAAAGGGUUUGCUUUUGACUUUGUUAAAGCCUUAUUAAUAAAAUCUGAAAUUUAUAAUAAAAUAGAGAUGUGUGAAACCCUACUCAAGCUGGAAGGACUGAAUGACUUUGAAGAGUUCAAAAUAACCCGUCCAGAACCAAGAUUCCAGGAAUUUAAUCAAAGAGCAAUUGAUUUGAAAAAGAUCCUUAGUAAAAUUCCUGACCAAAUAUAUGACAGGAAACUAUUCCUGGAAGCUAUAAAAGACAUUGCUAAUGCAAUUCGUCUGUUGUUGGAUUCAGUAAAUCAAGUUACUGCCAAUGAAGUACUGAGACCAGAUGGAAAACAGACUCUUGCACAUCGGAAGAAAGAAUUUAUCAAAUAUUCUAAACGCUUCAGCACAACUUUAAAAGAUUACUUUAAGGAAAAUGAAAAACGAGAUGUAUUUUUGAGUGCUGCUUAUCUUGUGGACCAAACAAAUUUGAUCAUGAAAGCUGUGAAAGCAGUUUAUUGAUUUCAGCAGUUAUUGUAGAGAAAAAAAAAGUAUGAAUGAUAAAACAAUUGGGACGGGAGACAAUGGUGUCACUUCAGACAGCACACUAGCUAAUUUUCACUCCACAUAUCUACUACUGGUAUAAGUCUAUUUUUUAAACAUUGAGAAAAUACAAGAUUCAUCUACUAAAGAAAUAGGAUUAUUGUGUGUGUGUGUGUGUGUGUGUGUGUGUGUGUGUAUUGAUGAGUAUUUGUGUUUACAAACAACCAUGUCUGCAUGUAUUGUGUGUGUGUAUGUAUGUAUAUAUAUAUAUAUAUAUAUAUAUAUAUGUACGUAUGUAUGUAUAAUUAAUCAGCAGAAGUUACUGAGUAACUCAAUGGCCAAGAAUUUUGUGUGUUGGAACUUAUCAAACUGGUAUUAAUUUAUGAGGACUACAUGUAUAUAGACCACUUAUGCUGAUAAUUACCAGUAAUUAUCAUUUUAACCAGUGUAUAUAAAUGUAAAAGCUGUAAUUUGAAACCAAUUUUGUGGGUGCCAAUGCACAAAUCUCUCGACCUUUGAGUCAGUCUAACUUCUGCUGAUUAUUAAUAAUAGUAAUAAUGAUAACAACAAAAUAUGCGUGGGGGUGGGGAUGCACAAAAAAUAUUUGUAUUUUCAUGUAAAGGUAGAAAGUGCUCAAUACACACCUGUGUUAGAAGUGUAUGGAGUCUGUCUGUUGGUAAACUGAAUUAUUUCCUCAUGCUCAAAGGUUAUUUCAGAUUGAAGAUGAAUGCAGCUGACUAAUGUUAACUGCAAAAAGCUUUUAGAUAUGAAGAAUGAUUUAAUUCACCAAUAAACAAUUAUGUGUGUGUGUAUGCAUAUGAGUAUACAUGUGUAUUUAUAUACAUGUUUACACCUAUGUAUAAAUAUGUAUAUAUAUAUAUAUGUAUCUAUGUACAUAUAUAUACUUAUAUGUACAUAUAUAUGCAUGUGUGUGUCUGUGUUAUAUGUGUAGGGGUGGAUGCAUGCAUCUAAGUGAUUUUAACUAGUUUUUCUUCAUUUCAAUUUACUUUUUAUUCUUUUCCUAUUUGGUGGAGUGGUCUUAUUAUCAUAUAUAUGUGUGUAUAUAUAUAUAUAUAUAUAUUAUAUAAAACCCAAAUUCAUAUUUUAAAAUACAUUCCAUAUAUUUAAGUUUUUGAUUACACACUUAAUUUUUACCAGCAAUGUUUUAAAUGGUUUUAUGCAAAACUUGCUUUAGGUUGUUAGGGGUUGAGUUUGUUUUUUUAUUAAACUCACUUUUCUUUUAAACUUCUAAAUUGAUUUUUAUUUUAUUCAUGGAACUAAUAUAUAUUUUUUUCUCUACUAAAAGUUUUUUUCCUUUAAUGUUAUUAUGGACUGUUAUUCUAACAAAAGAAUAUUUUCCUUACAAUUUUUAAUUUGCUUUAAUUUUAGCAAGGUCAUGCACAUGCACACACACAAAUGUGUUUCUAUUUGCGUGUGUGUAUGCAUGUGUGCACACGUGUGUAUUUAUGUACAUCAUACACACGAACAUGUUUUUAUAUAUAUAUAUAUAUAUAUAUAUAUAUAUAUAUAUAUAAAUAAUGUCUUGGGUGUUAAAACACCUACAUUACUAGAAAUAAAAGCUAAAAAACUCUAAUGCUGUAGCUAAAGCACAUAAUUGUUUACAUAUGUACUGACUGCAAACACCUGAAAACACCAGUCAAGAAUUCUCUGUACUGAUCAGUCAGUUUCAGCUAAUUCCAUAGCCACAUCAGUGGAGACAUAUGUAUACAAUUAUGUGCUUAUUUUCAGCAUUAGACCUUUUUAGCUCUUAUUUCUAGCAAUGUAGGUGUUCUAACACCCUAGUCAUAUUUAGUGACAACUAUAGUUUUCCUUUUGGCAAAACAUUGCACACAGCUGUCUAUAUUAAUUUUAUAUAUACAUACAUACACACAUUUUAUAUAUGUGUGUUUGUGUGUGUGUAUGAGAAGUAUGCUUUGCAUACUUUUCAUAAGGUGUUGUUAUUUUAUAUUUUAAUGUAUUUUACAUGCACUGUUGUUUAACUGUCAAACAGUGCUUAGAAAAUUUUCACACACGUCACUUUUCCCAAUAAAAACUUUGUUGUUUCUUUUCUGCUCCUACCAUUAAUUGCUCAUUCUAUCUUCCAUCCAUUAUGAUUAGGAAGAACUCUGUCUCCUUUCACAUUUUAGUCUUAAUUCAAAAGCAAUUAUCAGUAAUUUCCACAAAUAACUUUUGUUCUCCCAAGUACUUCCUGUUUUGUUUUGAAAUAUAAUUCAUGAAAUUUUGCUAAAUCUUACAAUGUUGUAUUUUUUCAUCUUCAGUUAUUUAUUUGUUUAAAAAGUUGUUGCUCACCUCUCUCUCUCUCUCUCUCUCUCUCUCUCACCUAAUGAGGUUUAUAUUUUAGUAUAUAUAAUUUAUUAGAUUAAUUGACUUCAUUUUUUAAAAAGUAAUUUUCUCUUGAAAUCUCAAAUCAGAAAAAUAACAAUGGAAGGAUAUGAGAUUGUAGUGUGUGUGUGUGUGUGUGUGUGUGUGUGUGUGUGUAGCCUCUUAAUGAGAAGCAUAAAAGAAAAUGAAACUAGAAAGGAGAAAAGAUAUCUAAAUAACAAAGAAAAUAAUUAUAUUCUGUACAACUAUCCCUGAUAAAUUUUGAUAAAUAUUCUUGAUGUCACUAAUUAACAAUGAACAAAACAUAUUUUUUAUCUUUAAAUUAAUAUUAUAAAUUAAUCUGCCAUAUCCUCUUCCCCAUCUCCUGCUCUGAAGUAUUCAUUGUCCCAGUAUGAGAAGUGUUUUUUUUAUUUAAUUUUUUUUCAGCUGUCUUAUUCUGUUAUAAUAAAUAUUUCUACAAAUUUUAAUAUUU